AUGGCUCAUAGCACCAAGGACGGCGGGGAUAAAGACACUCCCGAGGCUGACGACCCGCCCGUCAAGUCAUGGAAAAGAUACGUCUGGGAUACGUGGGACCUGCCCCGGGCCGAGCGUAGGAUGCUCUUCAAGGUGGACGCCUUCAUCCUCACGUUCGCCUCGAUUGGGUACUUUCUCAAGAACCUCGACCAGACCAACGUCAACAAUGCCUUUCUCAGCGGCAUGAAGGAGGACUUGAACAUGUAUGGCAAUGAGCUGGUGACCAGCACAUCCGUCUGGACCGUGGGAUACGUCAUCGGCCAGAUCCCGUUCAAUCUGCUCUUGACCCGGGUCUCGCCACGAUGGGUCAUUCCCUCGCUCGAGCUGCUAUGGGGGGUCGCUACGAUCAGCACGGCCCCAAUCAAGAACUACCACUCUCUCUACGCCCUGCGCUUCUUUGUCGGUUUUUUUGAAUCCGGUUUCUACCCUGGCAUUCACUACAUGCUCGGGUCCUGGUACACGCCUCGGGAGCUGGGCAAGCGGGCUAUGAUUUUCUGGCUGGCUGGCAGCGUUGGCCAGAUGUUCAGCGGCUUCCUACAGGCAGCCGCGUACACGAACCUUAGCGGCGUGCACGGUUAUGCGGGCUGGCGCUGGCUCUUCAUCAUUGACGGAGUCAUCACCAUGCCCCUCGCCGUUCUCGGCUACGUCUUCUUCCCAAACCUACCGCAGGGCGGUAAGAAGACGUGGUGGAUCACACAGGAGGAGCACGAACUCUCAGUCCGAAGGAUGGCCGCCAUUAAUCGCGCCGGGAAGCAGCAAUGGAGCAGAGCGAAGCUGCGGAGGAUCUUCCUGAGCUGGCAUGCGUACCUGCUCCCUAUGUUAUACAUCUUGUGGAAUAACGCAGCUAUGCAGGACGCCAUGGGUUACUGGCUCAAGAGCUUCAAUGAGGAUCCACCUCCGGUACCGGGAAGGCAUUUCAGCGUUGCCGAGAUCAACAACCUUCCCUUGCCAACCACCGGCAUCUUCGUUGUCAUGUCCAUUGCUUGGGGUUGGUUGUCCGACGGGUUCUGCCACGGCGCGCGAUGGCCCUUUAUGUAUAUCGGCGCUGUCAUCGGGAUCGUCUUUGCCGUCGUCCUGAGGGAGAUGCCGCUCUACGAGAACAUCACUGGCCGCAUGGUCGUGUACUGGUUGAGUCGCAUCGGCAGCGGCGCCGGUCCCCUGAUUCUGAGCUGGAUCAACGAGAUCUGCUCCGACGAUACGGAGAAGCGCGCGAUACUUGUUGCCGCCGCCAACGAUUUUGCCUACGUCGUCCAGGCUGUGGCCCCCAACUUUGUCUGGAAGACGACCGACUUUCCCAGAGCGACGAAAGGCUACACAUGGUCAAUCAUCCUGCAAUGCCUCUUGGUCCUCGCAACCGCCAUCGUCCAGUAUCUUCUCUGGCGAGACAAGAAGCGGGCAAGAGAGAAGGAGGCGGCGAUACCUCAGUCUGCGUCCUCCGAAAGCACUGCAGGAGCGUUGGAAGCACAGCCGCGGGAGGGCGAGGUUGCAAGGAAGGAUGAAAGCGUGGAUGAUAAGUAG